AUGUCUGGCAAGAGUGACCAGAAGAAAAUAGAGAGCAAAGAGCAGGGUCUUAAAUCACAAAAAUCCAACUCUAAAAAUAAGAAAAAGGACGAUAAAUCAACUGAUCAUAUUCUGCGAGCCUUGAGCAGUUUAUCGACUCCAGAAGAGAAGUUAGCUGCCUUAUGCAAGAAAUAUGCUGAGCUUCAUGAAGAGAAUCGAGAACUUGGUGCAAAUGGUAAACAAAACCAGAGGAAACUAGCAGUUCUGACUCGUCAAAAAGAGCAGCUGCAGUUAGAGAACAAUAAAGCUGUGAUGGCCAAAAGUCAAUUGGAAAGUUUGUGUCGAGAAUUGCAGAAACAUAAUCGUCUUAUCAAGGAAGAAAGUUUGGCUCGAGCUAAAGAGGAAGAUGAGAAACGAAAAGAAAUAUCUGCAAAGUUUCAGUCAACUAUUAAUGAGAUUCAGGCUCAAAUGGUGGAUAAUCAUGACAGGAACAUGAAAUUGAGAGAAGAGAAUACAGAACUAGCUUCAAAGUUGAAAACCUUUUUGGAACAAUAUGAGCAACGAGAAAAGUAUUUCGAGAAAAUUGUCAAGCAUCGUGAACUUGAACAGCAACUUGCUGAUGCUAAAUUGAAACAAGCAUCUAUGCAGCUUGUAGAAGAGAAAGAGAAAAGCAAGAAGGAAAGAGAAUUUAUGUUGAUGAAAGCUACUGAAACUGAGAGCAAGAUGGUUUUGUUAGAAAAACAAGUUAAAACUUAUAAAGAUCAGUACAAUGAGUUCCAGACAACAAUCACCAAAAGCAAUGAAAUGUUUGCUAAACUUAGAGGAGAAAUGGAUAAGAUGACUGUGAAAAUUAAGAAAUUAGAGAAAGACAGUGCAGCUUGGAAAAGUAAAUGGGAAAAUUGUAACAAGGCCUUGUUAGGAAUGAUUGAUCAGAAAACCACAAUGGAUAAGGAAAGGGUCCUUUUGCAGACUAAAAUCCAGAAAUUAGAAUCAUUAUGCCGUGCCCAACAAGAACGAUUGCGAGCUCAGAAAAGUCCUCCACCAGCUGAAGAAUGUCACAAAUGCUGCUAUGCUGAAAGUUCUACUCCAUCCUCUAAUGAUUUGUCUGCUGAGCCUGCCCAGGUACCAGUAACAGACUCUUCAUCAAAGACAGAUGUGACAGCUGACAAUAGCACCCCUGCAGAGAGUUGUGUUACUCCAGACAGCGUGACACCAGCUAUGGGCUCCACAGUCCAGGCUACAGACUCUCUUCCUGACUUACAGCCAACAGAAAUUCCAUCCACCUCUGUUUCUGAAUGUUCUGCUGCAUCCAGUACUUCUGAACCCAAGAUGGAUAUAGUAGCAGAUAAUACAACAAAUGCAACAUCAGCACAAAGUUGCCAUAGUAACAACAGUGUAGAAAAUUGUUUGUUUCUCUCUCUCUCUCUCUGUCUCUGUCUCUCUCUCUCUCUGUCUCUCUCUCUCUCUCUCUCUCUCUCCUUAAAACUAUAUGUUAAACUUCAUUGCUUAAUCUCUCCUGCACUCUCUUCAUCUUUCACUUUCUUCUUUUCUUUUAUCUCUCCCUUAUAA